CACGUGGUUUCCUAUUUUCUACACUAUAUGUCGUGCUAUUCAUCCAUACAUUCAGUCAGUCAUUCAAUCAUUCAUUCAUUAGACACACACAACACGUGUCCGCACAUGUCUUAAAAGACAAUUGAUUUGAUCACUGGUUAAGACACACACACAGACAGACACCGGAAACAGUAAACGAUGGCCGAAGAAAUGCAGCCCAAGAUUAAGCAAAUGCUUCGGGGAAUUGACCGUUACAAUCCGGACAACUUGGAAGAACUGGAGUUUUAUAUCGAUCGGCAAUCGGAGGACAACUACUACGAUAUUGAGGCCAAUCUGGCCGUCUUGAAGUUGUAUCAGUUUAAUCCGAAAGAGACGAAAAAGACAACAGUCGUGAAGAUAUUGUUGAAGGCGUUGACGGCACUGCCGAACACUGAUUUUGUUCUUUGCAAAUGUCUGAUCGAUAGCCAGCUGUUGGAAGACGACACCAUCAAAGGGAUACAACGGUUGCAUGAAUUGCUUGAAACGUGUCAUUUUGAAGUUUUCUGGAAGGAACUAUUGGAAAAUCCAUUGCUGUACAAAGGGAUCGUCGGAUUUGAGGACUCUAUUCGCAAAUUCAUUUGUCACGUCAUUCAAAUCACAUACCAGACCAUCAAGAAGACGUCGCUGAGCGUACUGUUGGGCGAUUUGGCUGACAAUGACCUGAAACAUUGGAUGUCGGUAAUGGGCUGGAAAGACGGCGGUAUCGGUGACAAUGAAGAAGCGGAAAAGGGUUUAGUGUUUGUUACCAAUCAGGAAGAGAACAUCAAGACUAAGAAUAUCACCGAAAAGAUUGAUCUCGAAAAUGUAGCCCAAGUUAUAGCCGCAUAUCGAUGAAUGAAAGUUUGAAUGAGAGUUUGUGUGUGUAUUAUAUAAACAAAAAUUAAUGUAUAAAAACAAUA